UUUUUCGUGCAGCCCUAACAAAAACUGUAACAAGCUGAACCAAGAGUUAAGACCUUGCGAUUGGCUGAAUGCUCAUUUAGCUUUGUGGCUAACCUUUGAAUCUGCCUUUAAGCCCACGCCUCUGUGAUCUACCAAUUGAUGCCUGUGUCUCACCUUCACACAGCUCUCGGCAAGCCACGGCUCUAUUUGACAUCAAAAUUGCCAGAAAUUCACUCCAUUUCAUUCAUCACAAACAAUCCUAUCGUCUUCCCCCAGGGUUCCCUGCUUCAUCAUUAGAUUUGAUCAAUCCACUCAAACCUUGUCCAAGUUCGUUUCACAUUGUUCCCUCAAUUCGAAAUCUUUCGCUUCCUCGACCAUGUCUUUUGACGAGGAGGAGGCAUUCGAGCACACCCUCCUCGUAGUCCGCGAGGUCUCUGUGUACAAGAUUCCGGCCCGAACUACAUCCGGUGGGUACAAGUGCGGCGAAUGGCUCCAAUCCGAUAAAAUAUGGUCCGGUCGGCUCAGGGUCGUAUCGUGCAAGGAUCGGUGCGAGAUCCGACUGGAGGAUCCAAACACCGGGGAGCUAUUCGCCGCUUGCUUCGUCUACCCUGGCCAGCGCGAGAACUCGGUCGAGUCCACCCUCGAUUCGUCCAGGUACUUCGUCCUGAAGAUCGAGGACGGCCAGGGUAAGCACGCGUUCAUUGGUUUAGGGUUUGCGGAACGAAAUGAAGCUUUCGACUUCAAUGUGGCAUUGUCGGAUCACGACAAGUAUGUGAGAAGAGAGUAUGAGAAAGAAUCCGGCGAGGCGUCUGAGGAAUCUCAUAUUGAUAUUCAUCCGGCCGUCAAUCACAGAUUGAAGGAAGGCGAAACCAUCCGGAUUAAUGUGAAACCUAAACCAUCUACUGGAACUGGCAUGCUUUCGGCAGCUGGUUUAAUAGGUGGGCAUUCUGGAACUGCGAAGCCCAAAGCAUUGAGCCUUGCUCCCCCUCCAUCUGGGGCAGGAAAAAUCAGGUCUCCCCUUCCUCCCCCUCCAAAUGAUCCUGUUGCUGCCCGGAAGAUAUCUACCAGUCACAGUACUGAUAUUAAAGGAUCGAAUGAAAGUGUGAAAAAUUCUACUGAUUCUAUCUCAGAUCUUUCUCAACUAAAGAGGAACCUUCCGUCAACAGCUGCGUCAGGAUCGACCACCGCAUCAGGGUGGGCAGCCUUCUGAUUUUAUGAACUAAGAACAACUCUACCAUACGAGGCUUAUAAAAUCGCUGAAUAUAUACGUUUUUUGAUUAUUUCUUGACAAAAGAGGCUGAAGCAGGUGGUGCCGGAAGUAAACGAGUCUGCACAUGAUACAAUUAGCUCGAUAUAUUCAGGAAUAUCCUCCUGCAAAAUGUUGAUGACUUCUUUAAUUUCGUUGGGUUGUACUAGUAAAUCCAGUAUCUAUGUAAAAGAAUGACUAUUUUCCCCAAAGCUGACUCUUACUUUACUGGCAUGUAUUCCAGAUUCUGUUUCAAUAAGAGUGUGUGCCCUGCA